AUGUUUGUUUUAUUAUUCAUCUAUUAAUGCUAAGCUCAAUUUAAUAUAUUAACCACAAUUAGAGGGGAAAAUAUUUCAAUAUAUGAAAAUUAGGUGUAAAAUCAUAAAUUUAGUGUGUAAGAAUAGUAUCAAUGUCAUCCAUAAGAUUUAUUUGAAGAGGAAUAUAAAAAGGAUAGCAGAAUAUUUUAUAUUUAAAAUUUGCAUUCAAAUGCUUUAAAUUUGAGCAUUAUUCCAAUAUCACUAAGACCUCGAGAUAUGUAAUUAAUAAAUGUGACAAAUUAAGUGGAAUAAUAAGAGAUAACAAUAGAAGGUAGUACAAUAUAAGAAUACAAAAUAAUUUAUGAAUGCUAUUAAGGUUGGGCUUAUGUAGAAUUACAUGUUCGAUAUGGAAAGACUAUAUUAAAUUUUAGAUAUAUUAAGAUUUGUGAAGAGAGACUCUACUAUCAUAAUUACCCUGAUUUAAUAUUGACAGCAAUAUCAAUAAUUUUAACAUAUAUUGGAUCGAUUUAUGGAUAGAAGAGAUUCAAAUUAAAAUAAGUAUAAGCAGAGUAAUAAAUUGAUGAAUUAGAAUCAAGUGAUUCAUUUUAUAAAGCAAGAUAGAUAUAUUCUCCUUAAUAUUCAUAACCUGAAUAAAUGAUAAAAAUAGGAGAUUUUCGUACAACAUCUGGUUCAACUUAGAUAAUUUCUACAAAAGGAAAAGAGACUAAUUUAAAAUUCAGAAUAGUUUUGUAUAUGUUUUUUGUGAUUGGAUUAUUAAUAGCUUUAAAUAUGUUGGGUGAAAUAUCCUUAUUAGAGAUUCCAAUAUAUGGGAUAUAUUUUGUUUGUGUAUAAAUAGCAAUGACAGAUCUUUUGAUAUUUAUAGUAUCAUCAUCUAUUUCACCUUAUGUUAAACUACCUUUAUAUGGAAGAGUAAAAGUAAUAAAUUUAUUUACUUAUUUGUUACAAUUUCUAUACACUUUUUUUCUAAUUAUGACAGAUAAUUGGGUUUUAAGAAGUUUUAGUUCUGUUUGCUUGCUAUUCUAAUUAAUAAGAGUAUUUAUAUAUUUGAUAAAUUUAGUUUAUGAAGUUUUAUAAUCUUUAGUAAUUACUAUCAGUCUAUUGUUUUAUUCUUGGAAUGUCAUUUUUUAUUUAGUAUUAAUUUUAGAUAGAAUAUCCUAAAUUAUAUUUUCCAAAUACAUUUUUUCUAGAGAAUCCAAAAUUAACAUGUUCUAGUAUAACUUUAUUAGAAUUAAUGCUUCCUUGUUCAUUGUUAACAUACACAAGAUAUUUUAGUAAAUAAACAAGAUCGCAUUCAAUAUUAUUUUUUUUAUGUUUUUUAAGUUAUGUAAUUGGAGUAGGUUUGAGUUUAUUAUAAGAAAAGAAUGAAAUAAUUUAAAUAUUAAUAGAUAAUUUAUUACCAUCAAUAAUGAUCUUGUUAUCGAUAAAUUUUUAUGGGAUUGUAAAAAGAGAAAUAAAAUAAUUAUAUUCUGGGAUAGAACCUGGAAUACAUAAUAGAGCAAUUUAAUAAUAGUAUAGUUACGAAUUAACGAUUGAUAAAUAUAAUAAAAAUUAGUGA